AUGGAUGCUUUUGAAAAAUAUUAUCUUGACUUUGUUAAUGAAGUUCCAAACGAAAUUUUAACAUUCGGUGUAUACCAAACGUAUCCAAACACACCUGGUAUUGAUGCUGUCGCUUGGUUACGAGCCGAUGUUCCAGAAAAUGGAUUUUCUGGUGUUUCGUUUGCCAAAACUUAUUGUGUUGUUAAUGCCAAUUAUGAUAAUCCAGAGGCAAAGGGUAGAUAUGCCUCGUGUCAAGUUUUGGAUACAACACUUGGAACUUCUUGGGAAAUAGUUGAGAAGAAUGGCGUAGCACAAUUCAAUGACAAACAUGUCGGAGAUUCGAACGAUGAUGAUUUAAUUGUCAUAAAAAAUUUAUCGAGAAGUAUCGCUUCUUUAGGUGUUGGAAUGUCAGGAAAAUUAGCCGCUAUCAAGAAACGAGUAUAUGUUGGAGCUACGGCUGCAUUCAAAAUUAAUCCAAUCUAUUAUGUUGGGAUUUUUGCGGAUUUAGAAGUUGGAACGGUAUAA